AUGAAGACUGAGUUUAUGGCUUUAUGGGAUAGAUUUUCUACUGAUCCGAAUGCGAGGGUGAUGGUACUUGCUGCAACAAACAGACCAUCAGAGCUUGAUGAAGCAAUAAUGAGGCGUCUUCCUCAAGCCUUUGAGAUUGGAAUGCCUGAACGUAAGGAGAGAGCUGAGAUAUUGAAAGUGACGCUGAAAGGAGAGAGGGUGGAGCCCGAUAUUGACUACGAUCACUUAGCUCGUCUGUGCGAAGGCUACACCGGAUCGUACAUCUUUGAGCUCUGCAAGAAAGUACCUAGGCCAAUAUCACAGUUGGAUUUGGAGAAAGUUCUUGCUACGUCGAAGAAGACGCAAGUUGCAGCAGGCGAGUACUGUGGAUUGAGAUGGUCAAGGGAACCAAAUGAGAUGGAAGCAGCUAUAAGUGGAAUCUCGAAGCUACUGGUCUCUCGGUUCAUUAACCUUCAGUCUGGUUCUCAGGAUAAAACUAUUCAUGUAUGUUUAUAA